AGCGGCGGCGGCGGCAGGCAGCAGUGCGCCCGGGGCAGAGUCGCGUUGCAAUUCGCGACCGGUGCAUUGCGGGCGCCCCCGGAGUCCGGGGCUGCGCGGACUCCCCAGGAGGCUUGCGCGGGGCCGGCCUGCCAUGCAGAGGGCCCUCCUCCCCGGCCGCCAAGCCUUGGGCCGCUUUGCGAGGAUGAGCAGCGCCCGGGCGGGGCGCUCCCUGGCCGACAAGGUGGCCCUGGUGACGGCCUCCACCGAAGGAAUUGGCUUGGCCAUCGCACGCCGGCUGGCACAAGAUGGGGCUCAUGUGCUGGUGAGUAGCCGCAAGCAGGCCAACGUGGACCGGACGGUGGCCGAGCUGCAAGCAGAAAAGCUGAGUGUGUCGGGGUUGGUGUGCCACGUGGGGAAAGCGGAGGACAGGCAGCGCCUAGUGGAUACGGCCCUUGAGCGCCACGGGGGAAUUGAUAUUUUGGUGGCCAACGCAGCCGUGAACCCUUUUUUCGGAAGCAUCUUGGAUGUCCCGGAAAACGUCUGGGACAAGAUACUGGAUAUCAACAUAAAAGCAACUGCCUUGCUGAUCAAUCUGGUGGUCCCUCAUAUGGAGAAGAGGGGAAGCGGCUCCAUUGUUAUUGUAUCGUCUGUUGCUGGAUAUACGCCAUUUCCAGGCCUAGGGCCUUACAACGUCAGCAAGACAGCUCUCCUGGGCUUGACUCGCAACUUCGCCAUCGAGCUGGCUCCCCGCAAUAUCCGCGUCAACUGCCUGGCGCCCGGCCUGAUCCGCACCAAAUUCAGCUCGGCUUUAUGGCGGGAUGAAAACUCAGAGGCCAGAAUGCUAGAAGCCCUGCGGAUAAAGAGGAUCGGAGUCCCAUCCGACUGCUCCGGCAUUGUCUCAUUCCUUUGCUCUGCGGAUGCUGAUUACAUCACGGGGGAGACGGUUGUGGUGGCCGGUGGGGCCCCAUCCCAUCUCUGAUCGGGGGAUCGUGAUGCCUUCCUGUUCAGCUAUGACGAUGGAUAGAUCAUCGAAGGAUAAUCGCACAAUGGCACCCCAGAAAUAAGAUUUAGGGGUAAUGGGGGUGUCACAGCUCGUUUCAAGAAAGAUGGAGGUUUACUCUCCUGAGAAGAGGUGGCGGGACAAAAAAAAAGCAUUCUUCUCACUUAAUGUUGGGGGUAUCAUUUUGUAUUUUAUGGGUGAUGGAACGAGGCCAUCGUGCAUGGCUGAGUUUUCGGCACUCCUUUCCACACAUGCGUGGAGACCCCGUGCACAAUCCCGCUUCUGGUCAAGCUCUGGGUCCUGUUGAGUGAAUGGUGGCUAUCUAGCGGGGAGGUGGGGACGAUCCUGGUUUCUCUAACUUCAGACCUCCCUGGGGGUUAAUGGGGAUAUGGGAGGUUUCCCCAACGCUUCAUGGCCUUCCCUGUGAAAUUAGGGAAAGGAUCCUUGCAGGGGGAGACUUCUGUGGGGACCCUGGUAGAAACAUGCUGGAAAAAGCGGGGGGGGGGAAGCAAGAAUUUGGGGGGAAGAUUUGGAGAGGGCAUGUCGAUGGUGCUCGUUCUCUGCCCUGCCUCAGUGCCUUGUGGGUUUUCCUUAAAAUAAAGAUACCUUUUGAAUCAAA